GUUAAUUCACAACACCUGACCAGUUUUAACCAGCUGAGUUUAUUAUCAGAUUAAGGACAGAAGACAAUCAGUUCCAAAGGAAGACACCAUCUAAUGCCAAAGUUUUCUUUGACCAGAGAACUGAACACAGCAGAGGACUUAUUUUCAUCAACUCGGGCAGAUGUAUCUCUAAAACACCGUGGAGUUUUUGAGGGGGAAACACAUCAAAGGAGGGCAAGAUGGCCCAGGAUAUGACCGAGAAGGAGCUCCUAAAGAUGGAAAUAGAUCAACUGAAAAAGGAAGUGAAGAACGAAAGACAAAUGGUCUCCAAGACAGCUAAAGAACUCAAGGAUUAUAUAGAAUCCAUGGCUCCCGAAGACCCUUUCUUAAAAGGCAUACCGGAGGAUAAGAAUCCAUUCAAGGAGAAGGGAGGUUGUAUAAUAAGCUGACCAAGGCCCCACCCAGAGAAGAUCUUUGUUGCUCUCCGUAUACAAUUCCAAGACACCGUGGAUUUUACUUACCUGUCUAGUAUAACUGAGUCUAAAUGGAUCUUCUGCAGGGGCAAAACAAUGAAUAAAUAAAUUUGGACUUCUAUGCUGGGAAUUGGAAAAGAGGUCUCCAGCAAGAUAAAACAACAAAGAGGAUAACCUUGAUCUUAGGAUCUUAGCUGUGUUAGUCUGGAUCAGUACGCGAAGGGAUCUUGUAGCACCUCUGAGGCCCUAUCUACACUGCCAUAUAAUCCACAUUAUCAGAGCAAGUAAUCCAUAUUAUCUGCUUUGAACUGGAUUAUAUGAGUCUACACUGCCAUACAAUCCAGUUCAAAUCAGAUAAUCUGGAUCUUAUAUAGCAGUGUUGAAAGGGCUUGAGAAAAGGCUGGUGGCAUGAGCCUUCAUAGACUUAAGUCUACUUCACCAGUUGCCUUUAAGUCUGUGAAAGCUUAUGCGACCAACUUCUUUCUCCCAGUUAAUCUCAAAGAUGCUACAAGCUCUCCCCAUUUUAGGAGUUCAAGCUCCACUUCUCUCUUGUAAAUACACCUCAGUCUGUUUCCCUAAGAAGCCGACUUUUAAUGGAUGUUUUAAAAAACCACGUAGACAUUUGGGUUUCAUUGGCUUAGCUUUUCUUAGUUUGGUUUGGGUUUUUUAAGAAGACAGCAAAUGGAAUAGAAAGGCUUACUAACCACUGUGUAGGGUAGAUAUAUCUUUUCAAAAGACGUAUCUUUUACAACAAAGGCAAAUAUGCUCCUUUCUAUCAAGGGCCACAUUCUUUCACAGAUAAUCAGGUAGGUCUCCAUACUAUUAUUUCUCUUUUUAAUCUCCCCCUAUAAGAUCUCUCCUUUAGCCCAAUAUUUGCAUGUAACAAAAUUUCAUUUUCUCCCAGUUUCAGGAGGGUUGAUUUGGACAAGGAAAACCAUGAAUUAGGAGAUAUAUAAUCCUUUUUCUCCCCCACGCUUUAUUCCCAACACCCCUACAGUCUCAGAUUUUAGUUUUCAUAACAAACACCUAUACAACUAUUAAGUUAAACUACUACUCCUUUCUCUUGGCCAGUUGUGUCACUAGGUUUGGCGUCACAUCUUAUUUUAAAAAGCCACAGCAGCAACGAAAACAACAGCACAUGCAGACAAAAUAACAUGAUUUGGAGUAUCACUGUAAUAACAGGAUAAUUAUGACAACUCUGAGCAUUAGAAGUUUCAGAGUUAGCAGAGUGUUUUAGCCUUGUUGGUAUUGAUACUGUACAGCACAUGUAAGCUGGGGUUACAAAAAUGUUUUUGUGGUUAUAACUAACUACAGGGAUAUUUUUUACAAAAAAUAAUAAAUUUCUGCUGAAACGCUGCAAAAAAAAUGUACAGACUAUCAUUUUGGUGUCACCCGGUGUAGCCUCAUCCCCACAGCUCCCUAGUGACACGACUGCUCCAUCUUUCAGGCUAAAAUGAGAUUAAAGCUUUUAAACCCUAUGGACGAAGCAGUACAGAAUGUAUUACUGGAUCCAAGGCCUAAAUGGGGCCCAUCAUCUUUGUCAAGGAUAGCUAUGAGGUUGCAUUUCCAAAUACCAAUGCAAAUUGGUCUUUCAACAUCAUAAACAUCCUCAUUUUUAAUUGUCUUGUCAAGUAAUAUUAGUAAUAUUUUGAAGCCGGCUUUUAAAUUGUCAAUUAUAUCGUGAUGUACAAAUGCAUGUGUCAAACUGUUAAAAUUAAAAAUGCAGAUUUGGUGUGCAGCACUGGGAAUGCUCUGCUUUGUAUUGUUUCGUUUUGCUUGGUUUGAAGCUCAGACAAAAGCAUCUUGAGAGAGGUAUAGUUAAUUCAUGAUAAAGUGGGAUGGCAAUUUUGAAAUGGAAAUGUGAGGUUGUAUGAAAAGUCAUCUCCCAUCCACUCUUUUAAAGGGAGAACUACAAAAUAAAUGGAAUGACAAAAUGAGUGUAUUCAA